AUGGUGGCCUCAUGCUACAAUGAAGAUCAACUGCCGGACCUUAAUCGAGUCCCAUGCUCGCAGGACGGCGAUCCCACCCAAUGUUGCAAAGAGGGCGAGUACUGCUCAAGCAACGGCCUCUGCGUUAAAAAAGACGGCGACGAUGUGACAUACUGGCAGGAAACUUGCAGUGACCCUGACUGGAUCCAUGGCAAUGUCACGACGUGUCCGACGCAGUGUAUGAAUAUCAAUAAUGGCGGAAACGGCGUCACUUAUUGCAAGAACUCGACAUGGUGUUGUUAUGGAUACUCUGGGUGCAACUGCACCGACUCGACACAGGUCUUCUCGAUGGACCCCGUCAGCAUCGUAGCGACCGCUAGCAGCUUCACUGCCACUUCCACCUCUACAUCCACCUCAAGCAACGCAACAACUUCCUCUUCAUCGUCCACCAGUUCCUCAGACAACAGCAGUGGAUCCUCCAGCUCCAGACACCUCGGCGUCGGGCUCGGCGUGGGUUUAGGCGUGGGCAUACCUCUCGUCCUGGGUGCGAUUGCAGCAUUCUGGUUCUUCCGCCGGCGAAAAUCUCAGGGAGCAGCAGCACCCGCAGAUACAAGUGCCGCGGCGGUGCAAGAGCAUCACCAGCUGGGGCAAAUGGAUAAGAGAAUCGCGCAGGAGGUCGCUCAUGCGCAGUAUGGGAGUCAGGCACACCCGGCGGCGCUGCUCGCGAAAACAAUGGGGCCGUCAGAUGGUAACCCGGUUGAACUUCAAUAG